UCAGGACUCCAUUAGAGUUGCAGCUGUUUAGAGAGAAACAUCAACAAAAAACGAGCUGACAUUAGGCUCUGAGUCUGGCAACAAGGCCUUCAAUCUGGAAGCGUAACCUAAAUUUCCCACCCGGAGCUUCGCCGGUUUCUAACCACGGCCGCUCUCGGUGAGGAAACUCUGGCCUCCGCUUCCUCCUCCUCCGACUCGGACACCGGCGGAGCGUCGCCGCCCCCGCGGAAGAAACACCGAGCCUCGGCGGCGGAGGGAGCAGGAGAGCCCGGGGCUUCAGCCGUUGUAACAGGCCUCUCUGGAGUUGUCCUAGGACUUGCAGCGCACUCUCAAACCACCUCUACCAUCCACUUUAAUCGAAGCGUCGUUAACAACUUUAACAGUAACAUGCAGUCAAACGGGGCAGGACAGGGACAAGAAUCCUCUGAGCUUCCCUGCCUGAACAGCGCACAAAACGGGGAGUCAUCCUCGGCCGGUGGGACUCACUCAAACGGGCUUCUGUCCAGCGCGGACAACGGUAACGGUGUCGGUACCAGUAACGGGUCUUCUGUGGGACCCUGUUCGGGGACUUCGGCUACCUCCACGGCCUCGAGCUCGGAGGUAGGCUCGCUGAAAAAGAAGAAACGUCUGUCGCAGGCAGAGGAAGAUGUCAUACGAUUAAUAGGACAACAUCUUCACGGACUGGGGCUGAAUCAGACGGUGGACCUGCUGAUGCAGGAAUCAGGCUGCAGACUGGAGCACCCUUCAGCCUCCAAGUUCCGCAGCCACGUCAUGGAGGGAGAGUGGGACAAGGCUGAGAAUGAUCUCAACGAGCUGAGAGCACUGAUGCAUUCUCCCAACGCUAUUGUGCGUAUGAAGUUUCUACUGUUGCAACAGAAGUACCUUGAGUAUUUGGAGGACGGCAAGGUCCUGGAGGCUCUGCAGGUUCUCCGGGGAGAGCUGACGCCACUCAAAUACAACACGGAUCGGAUCCAUGUCCUUAGCGGGUACCUAAUGUGUAGCCACGCUGAGGAUCUACGCGCCAAGGCAGAGUGGGAGGGCAAGGGCACUGCCUCUCGCUCCAGGCUCCUGGAUAAAUUACAGACGUACCUGCCCCCCUCUGUGAUGCUGCCUCCUCGGCGACUACACACUCUGCUACGGCAAGCUGUGGAACUACAGAGGGAUCGCUGUCUUUACCACAACACCAAGCUGGAUAACAACCUGGAUUCAGUGUCCCUUCUCCUCGACCAUGUUUGCAGCAGGAAACAGUUUCCCUGCUACACUCAGCAGAUUCUGACAGAACAUUGUAAUGAAGUCUGGUUCUGCAAAUUCUCAAACGAUGGCACCAAACUAGCAACUGGCUCUAAAGACACUACUGUCAUAAUUUGGCAAGUGGACCCGGAGAGCCACCAGCUGAAGCUGCUGCGAACCCUGGAGGGCCACGCAUACGGAGUCUCCUACUUAGCAUGGAGUCCUGAUGACACCUACCUGAUCGCCUGUGGACCUGAUGAUUGCUCAGAACUCUGGCUCUGGAAUGUUCAGACGGGGGAGCUGCGGACCAAGAUGUCCCAGUCCCACGAAGACAGUCUUACCAGUGUGGCCUGGAAUCCUGACGGCAAACGCUUUGUCACUGGAGGACAAAGGGGGCAGUUUUAUCAAUGUGACCUGGAUGGUAACUUGUUGGACUCCUGGGAAGGAGUGAGAGUUCAGUGCCUGUGGUGCCUGGGCGAUGGGAAGACUGUGCUGGCCUCGGACACCCAUCAGCGUAUCAGAGGGUACAACUUUGAGGACCUCACAGACAGAAACAUAGUGCAAGAGGACCACCCUAUCAUGUCUUUUACCGUUUCAAAGAACGGCAGAUUAGCUUUGUUAAAUGUAGCAACUCAGGGAGUGCACCUGUGGGAUCUUCAAGAUCGGGUGCUUGUGAGGAAGUACCAAGGUGUGACCCAGGGCUUCUACACCAUCCACUCCUGCUUUGGAGGACACAAUGAAGACUUCAUCGCUAGUGGCAGCGAAGACCACAAGGUGUACAUCUGGCAUAGGCGUGGCGAACUCCCUAUUGCCGAGCUCACAGGCCAUACACGCACCGUUAACUGUGUGAGCUGGAACCCAGCCAUCCCAGGCCUCAUGGCAUCAGCCUCAGACGAUGGCACAGUGCGCAUCUGGGGUCCUGCUCCAUUUCUCGAUUCACAAGAGGCAGACGGACUCAACGAAAACAGCAGUAACAUGGACAGUUGAUGGUGACCUACAGAGCAGAUGACGUCUCACUUUGACAACAAUCCAACAAACCUACGACGACAACAAACCACAAAUGGGCAACAAAAAUUUGAUAUCACCAGAGAGAAAGUGAAGGAAACCCUCAAAAAAUGUUAACGACCCAUCAGAGAAAACCAACGUGAGGAAAAACGAGGCUUCAGACCGGCCAAGACAAACGGUGGACGUGAUGUUGGACUCUUGGAGUUUCAGGUCCUCAUCCAAAAAAAAAAAAAGAAUUGGGAUCCCUUUCUAAAGGCCUGGAAAGUCAGUCAGUCCUCAGUGGGAUCUUCCUCUGAUGAACUGUAACAGCUCUUCUCCUCACUUCUAACUGACCCCCUCGUCCUCCAUUUCGCUCCAGUUGACAUGCCGGGUUUUUGCAAGUAUUUGAGGGAAUCCAUGUCCACCCUGAGCUUUGGGCCCACUGCAUCCUUGUGAUGUCUCCAGACGGACGGGGCAGACCAGCCCUCUCCUUGCCGGACUACAUCCGUCUGCCCAUUGGACUCAGACUCUAAUGUCUCUAUGGACAUGGGUGGGGUUCUAUUGUUGGGGGAGGACGCUGCAAAAGGGGGUUAUCAUAGGUCAUCUGUGUGUUAUCCUUUACCCUUUUUACUUGCUAAAUUCUUCAGCCAUUUGGACAAAAGCUGAAAAUUCAUGGUGAACCCAUCGACCAACCAGCUGACAAAGAACACCAAUAGGCUAUGCUAACUGUUUGAAGUAUUUUUUUUUUUUUUUUUUAUGAUAGUCAUAGUGUUCAUUCUUGUUUAAGAGGCGAACCUUAGCUCAUGUAGUGCCCAAGGAAAACUUCAGCGGGAAGAUUCCACUUUCUGUUUCUCAGCAGUGGGGAGAAAAAACAAACAAAAAAAACUUUUAUUCCCCAACAUAACAUCUAGCACGGACAGCUCCCCCAUUCCCUCUCUCUUGUCGCGCUAGCCUGUGCACAACUCUGUUGAAUCUGCCUAUAGGAGGAGGAUCCACAGGUUACAUAUCCACUGUGAGGGGGUCACUACCCGUUGGCGAGGUGUGCUUUCCACCAUUGAGACACGCAUAUAUAUAUAUAUAUAUACAUAUACAUUUUUAUAUAUGUGUGUAUAUAUAUCUAUAUAAACCAAGACCCUUCUCAGAAAGAGACUGUUUCAGACGUGGAGUGCGACUUCAUUUGCACGCUUAGUGACUGCUGUCCCUCCUGUGUGAUUGUGGAUGUGAGUGGGAGUAAUAGUGACAGAGUGAUCUUUUUUGCAUGCACACAGUAGAGCAAGAGUGGACAUUAUUGGGUGCAGAUCUAUUUGCCGCAGUUUUUUUUUUUUUUUGUUUUUUUUUGUAUGUGUGCUACUCCCACCAGCAGAAGAUUAUCUUCCCCUCUGGUCCCUCAUUACAUUUUUCCAAAAUAAAAUUAAGGAUUUUAAACCAGUUCUGAGUUAUCCAAAGCACCAUAGGUACCUCUAUCGGUGGAACAAAGAGAGCCAUUUUGUAAAAAUGAAAAAUAUAUCCUUUUUUUUUUUAAUAUGGGGCUUGAAUUUUUACAUUAGAAUGUGUUUUUGUCCUCAACAAUGCAGCAUUCAAAUGACAGAUGUUGACAUCAGAUUUGUUGGAUGAGUAAAAGAAAAAUACAAAAAGGAAUGCAAUUUAGGUCAGGCAUCGAGGGGAAUAAAAGGCUGAAAGGCGUCAUCCGUAGGCAUGGGCCGGUGUGACAUUCUCUAUAAACAUCACAACUUCAAGUUGCCCCAAUAUUUCCAAAACACUUUAAAACAAGAAAUGGAAAAAAAACACAAUCCAGUUUUUUUUGUUAGGCUUUUAAACACCAACCAAUUCUAUUUUCUACUGCCAAAAACUGUUAUGAUUGUUUUAAUAUUUAUUUAUUGUUCUGAUUUUGUUGGACUUUGUACAAAUUUGUUAACAUCCGCAAAUUUUUAUCCAUGAUCCUCAAAUGGUUCAUUAUGCAGAAUCUGACUCAUUUUUGCAUCCUGCUCUUUAUUUAGUUUGAUUUGGAUGAGCUAAUAUGUGCUGGUUGAUUUGGUUGGACCAUCUGAGCUGGUAGCUACCCUGCUUUCAACCUGAAAGCACCGUUAUCUGAGGAGCUCCUUUAGUUUCCAGUUUAAGCCUUUGGUAAAGGGGAAUGUUUACUUUAUGCUGCAUAAAGCUUAAGAUCAUUCUGUCUUUACUCUUAUUAAAAGGAGUAAAACAAUAAGACUUGACAAAACAGCAUUUUUGUUCACCAUUUUAGGGCUUUGACUUUUUUU